AUGAAGUUCACUCUCAUCGCCGUUCUCCUCGCCCCCGUCGUGGCCGCCAUCCCCAAGGAGCUCCAGGAGCGCACCGGAUGUGGCGACAACUGUGCCCGAGCCGUUGUCCCCGGCUUCCGCGGCCCUGCAGUUGUGGCCUCGUACCAGGCCGACUGUAACGCCUAUCUUGAAGUUACCACGACCCCUCCCGCCAAGACUGUCUAUGUGACCAAGUCUGUUCCCACCUACGCCAGCGCCUGCUCCGGAGAGGCUCGCUACCUCACCGCGUGCUCUUGCGCCAGCGCUUCUCCCGUCACCAUCGAGGCGCCCACCCCUACUGUCACCAAGGUUGUGUUUGUUUAG